GGCAGGGCUGGGCUUGGCGCAGGCGCACAGCUCUGGCCGAGCAACAUGGCGAACCUAGCGCCUCAACCCAGCAAGAGAAAGCGCGAGCCAGUCGCGGAGGAGGCGGAAGCCGCCGGCAUAGAAGAAAAGGGAACCGGAGUUGGGAAUGGUACCUCUGCCCCUGUGCGCUUACCGUUCUCCGGCUUUAGAGUGAAAAAAGUGCUGAGGGAGUCUGCGAGGGACAAAAUCAUUUUUCUCCAUGGGAAGGUGAAUGAGACCUCUGGGGAUGGAGAUGGAGAUGGAGAGGAUGCUGUUGUGAUCCUAGAGAAGACACCGUUUCAGGUAGAGCAGGUGGCCCAGCUCCUGAAGGGCAACCCUGAGCUCCAGUUGCAGUUCUCCAAUGAUAUCUACAGCACUUAUCACCUGUUUCCUCCACGGCAGCUGAGUGACGUGAAGACAACUGUGGUUUACCCCGCCACAGAGAAGCACCUGCAGAAGUACCUGCGCCAGGACCUCCACCUGGUCCGAGAGACGGGAAGCGAUUACAGGAACAUCACCUUACCCCACCUGGAGUCCCAGAGCCUCAGCAUCCAGUGGGUGUACAACAUUCUGGAUAAGAAGGCGGAAACCGACCGGAUUGUUUUUGAGAACCCACAUCCCUCCGAUGGCUUUGUCCUCAUCCCCGAUCUCAGGUGGAACCAACAGCAGCUUGAUGACCUGUACCUGAUCGCCAUUUGCCAUCGCCGCGGCAUCCGAUCGCUUCGGGACCUCACUCCAGAGCACCUGCCGCUGCUCAGGAAUAUCCUCCGGGAGGGCCAGGAGGCCAUCCUGCAGCACUACCAGGUGAAGGGGGACCAGCUCCGCGUGUACCUGCAUUACCUGCCUUCCUACUACCAUCUGCACGUGCACUUCACGGCCCUGGGCUUUGAGGCCCCCGGCACAGGCGUGGAGCGGGCUCAUCUGUUAGCAGACGUGAUCGAGAACCUGGAGUGUGAUCCGGACUUCUACCAGCGGCGCACCCUCACCUUCGCCCUCAGGGCUGAUGACCCACUGCUCAGGCUCUUGCAGGAGGCCCAGACAAGCUGAGUCCAACCCCGGGGCUGCCCGGCAAAGAGCACAGAUGUGUGGGAUUGGGGACAGGGGUGGGAGGGACCUGGGGAAGGGCUCGGGACUUUUAGCACCAAGUGAAUUUUUUUAAAAAAAUGUAUUUUGUACUGGCUUAUUCCUAGGAUGUGAAUAAAGUAUUAGUCUCCUUUGGUGUGGUCUGUUGCCUGGGGAGGCAGGUGGCAGGGGCAGAACAGGAUAGGAAUAUCUGGGACAGGAGCCAAGUCUGGGGUGGUGGCUUCUGCUGACCCUGAUACGUGCCAAGGGCUUUCUCUAAAUUCCAGUAAGCACCAUUCUUGGUGAUUUCCAUGUCCCGGAUCAGGUGGUGCCUCUCCCUAACUUCAGUCCUUCCUACUCUGCUCUCACGUUCCCCUUCCUUCUUUCCAUUUGCUGUAUCUUCUUCAUGGGUUUCGAGGCGCGCGUGUCCAGGAGUUCCCCCAAAAAACCAAAUACAAAAACUCUCUGGAAAUCCUCUAUAGAGUGUUUUUGCCAGGGCUUCCUCUUGCCCUCCCCAGAACAGAGAUCGCAGCCCCGCUGAUAAACUUCUUGUUGACAAGGAUGCAGGACUGCCGCCUGGAAGUGGGAGGGUUUUAAUAGGAAUCAGAUGAUGCAAGCCCAAAAAAACUUGCCUCUGCCUCUGUUAUUUGGUCAGUGAGCCCCUGGCCUUGAGUUUAUUAUCUAGGGUGGAAGACAAAACAAACUCACAGAGAGAGAUGGAAGACCAAACACCAGACAGCCUGUCAAGGGCAAAAUGAUAGGGUUGCGGUGGUGGAUGGAAGCUCCGAGGGGCUCGGCUUCGAGGUGUGACCAGCGACACGGGUCUCUGUCAAAGGAUCUGGAGGCCAGGAAGGGAUCCCAGAGUGAGGCUGGUAGCCUUGGGGAGCCAGCGGGGGCCUAUCUGGGAAGGGUGACGUCAUAGGUACGCAGGUGAGGGCAUGCGGUUGGACACAUAAGGCACUCACUUCAGCACGGGGGAUGUGUGUGUAUCACACCGCAGAGGGGCUGGCGUUAGCAUGUUAGUCCCUCAGCCCUUCUGGAUUGUGCUUCCUCUGGAGGCCUCAGGAUGUUCGGUUCUGCUAAGAGAUAAGAAGGAAGCAUAAGGUGGGGAUGGCCCGUAUUCUGCAAUUCCUGGACUGAGAACCAGGCAACAGUUCAGAGUCAAAGGCUUAUCAAACAUACAUCGCAGGCUAGGCACUGCCCUGGAGACUGCUAAGUGGUGAACAAACAGAAGUGUCUCCCCCUGGAGCUGACAUUCACCCCAUAGCCUUGGACCAGACCCCAGGUGUCCCGAGCCUGUUCCCUUGUGAGAGGACAGGGAUGAGGAUCCGUGAAGCGUCCUGCGUGUAAUCAACAUGUGCUGGUGUUGCUUUCUGGUACGGUUUGAAUUACUGAUCGACUUUGGAGCUAGAUAGUGCUUUAGCUGUUGGGAAACCAAAGCUUCUACCCUGCAGGCUACUGGGGCAGACAGCCAAGCAAACUGUAGGAAUAAAAAGAGGCAGCACCCAGGAAGCUACCCUGAAAACAGGCAUGUGGGAGAGGCUGGUGUACAAGGUCCCCUAGGAAGACCAGUGGAACAUACUUGUGGGAUCACAGUGCUUGGUGGGGUAGCCGACCCCUUGCAUGUCUGGCAGGAUAACCCACGGGGAAUAAGGCAGUGAGGCCGAAGGGACAAGUUACAGGGAGAGGGUUGGCACUGGGGGGCAGCUGCUUUCCUCCCCAGAAGGAGAUGAAGCAGCAAAAUGUCUGGCCAGUUUGACGGGAACCCCUGGCUUGUUUUGUUCGUGUACAAGAACUGUCGCAAAGAUAAUUGAGGGGUGCAGAGGAGUGGAGGGGAUGCUGACCCAAGAGGCCCCUCCUUGCAGACAGAGUGGAGGGAUUCAAUCCCAGGAGCGACCUUUUCUCCUUGAAAGAUUAGGUUCUGCCGGUGGGGCUCUCAGCUGGCUUCACACAACAUGGUACGUGCUUGGAAAAGACUGGCAGGUGGCCAACCCUGACCCCAAAACAGGACCGCUGGGGAACCUCCCAGGGGCCCAGGUUCUCCCAUCUCCCUGGGACUAAGCUGCCUCCCCACACUUGACUCCCCAGCUCGAUCUGUCCCAGGCUCCUCCUUCCUCUCAGGUUUACUCACCCAUCCGUCAAGUUUCUAGCAAACCUCUUGGAUGGACCAGCACUGCAAGGCGGCGCUGGAAACAGGAAGAUCAAGACCCGCCAGCCUGUACACUCCCUGAGUGCACCUCAGUGGGUUGGGGGAACGUUGGAUGAGACAGUAAUAAGAGCUGUUCUAGAGAGGUUCUAAGAGCUUUGCUCCUUUGCCAUGCUGGGUGGUACUCCUCCUUCAGGACAAACUCUGUUUUGGGGGGAAGAGGAUCGCUUCUCCCCUGGCGCCUGAAGCCGGAGUCACUAAGGCCCAGAGAACAGCCCCGCAAGCUGCAGACUGCUCAGGGAGAGAAGACCUCAGGAAUUUGACUUCCUGUCCCCAAAGGCCCCUGCAGUAGCCAGGGUCACUGCCCACUAGAGUGUUUGCUUCUCCUCCAGGAAACGGCUGGUCAGAUGUGUGGUGAGCCAUGAAACUGAUCCUGCUGAGCCCCUAUCUGACAUACACUGAUCUGCCCUCGUCACCACGUGAGACCGUGUCUUCAAGGCAACCCCACCUUACCUGAAUCCUGGCGUCUCUGGCUGCAGCAAGAAACGGGCUGAGUCAAGGGGUCAGUCACUGUCUGAACUCCCUCAUCUGAACUCCCAGAGGCCCUCUUCUAGAAGACCCAAGCUUUCUGACCGCAUGCCACUUCCUGUCAGUUCUAGGGAGUCUGUUCCCAGGGACCACAGGGGUCCAAGUGCACCCCCCCCACCACAGGCACCAUGGUUUGGAGCAGGUCACAGCAACUGGGUCAGCCCCCCACCCCCUGAAGGCUUUCCCCUCAAGUAAAGAAAUUCCAUUCAACCCAGGUCUCCUGCUUCUCAGUCCAGGGGGAUGCAGAGUGAGAAUCAGCCCCUCUCUGUCUUAGCUUUCCUUUUUUUUUUUUUUUUAAUUUUUAAAGAUUUUAAUUUAUUUAUUUUAGAGAGAUGAGAAAGAGAGCGGGAGGGGCAGAGGGACAAUGGGAGAGAAGCCCAAGUACACUCCUCGCUGAGCUCAGAGCCCAACGCGGGGCUUGAUCUCAUGAUCCUGUGAUCAUGAUCUGAGCGCAAACCAAGAGUUGGACGUUCAACUGACCGCACCCCCUCACCCCCCCCCCCCACGCCCUAGCUUUCCUCUUGAUGUCACUUUGCAGAACCACACAUCCUGCUGCCCGGGAAAGCUUCCUGAGUGAGAUCCAGUGUCCCUCGACCCUAUCUUCACCAACUAGCAAACACCAGCCCCCUCUGGCAACAUGACAUGUCCUGUGUGCUGCCACCAAGGCCUUCUGCAUUUGACUCUGUGCCUUCCCUGUGCGUGCCUGUGUCCCUGUUGUGCUGGAACAGUGGGAGAUGUCACCCUUCCCAGAAAAAUCCUGGACGUGUCCACAACUGGCCGUCAGCCCUCCGUACUUGGCCUACUAUCUCCUCGGCGUGGCUGCAGAAGGAAGGAAGCAUGACUGCUAUUGUUCCUUGGCUCCUUUCAUUUUGCCCAAAAGUUUCCUCAUAGAGCAAAAUUGCUGAGUGUCCUGGAUUUGUCCACAUUCCUUCAUGAAAAGGAGAAAAAUAACAUUUCGGAACAAGGACAUGUGAGCUCGACUUUGCAUGUCUCUGUUGAACACAGAGCCCCGGACGGAGAAACAAAUCGAGAAAUAUUUACAUACAAAGUAACAUUUGAAAUUGUUUCUCUUGUAAGGCUUCCAUAUCCAAAAGUUUCGUGUAUCUACUUCUUUCUGAAUAGACUGAUGUAAAUCUUCCUUCUCAGAAAGGACCAAAAUCUUCAUUCCAAGCAUGUAUAUAUGAUCUUAAAAUGUCCUUUUUUAAAGAAGAUGGUUGUCAUUGGUGGUGGUUGUUUUUAAAAUAUCCUCACCCAGCAAAAUAAAUAAAUGUUGGCAACCCUG